GCACAAGGCAGAUUGAUCCUCAUAUCGCGGGUUUGAAAACUAUUAUACCAUGCCACGCUGGUUCUGGCAUCCCCAGAGGCCAAAGACCUCGGCUGACGUCUUCCAGGUAGAGCAACAGCUAUGGGGAAUCCUCGCCGGGGAUCGUGCACCGUACUGGUGCAAGCGUGCUGCCGAGCCGCGGAGUCCAGAGUCUGGCGCGGCGCCGCUCUACACCUCAUUAGAGAAGGAGAGAAAGGAGGUCCGUCUCCUGAGGGUCAGCCGCCUCGCGCGGUCUGCUCCAGAAGAGGCGGGAUUUGUCGGCCAACUAGUACACGCCGCCCUGGAGGACAAUCCAACCUACGUCGCCGUUUCUUACGCACGGGACGACCCCUCGGCGGUCGGCCACUUUGUCGACUCAGAUGGCGUCGAGACAGCACUCGGGUACAACCAGGCGGUCCUCGACAUAGUCAGCACGCUCGUGCCCCCGGGGGAUACGCUGUACCUGUGGAUCGACGCAGUCUGCAUCAACCAGGAGGACCCCGACGAGAGGGCCAGCCAGGUCGAGAUCAUGGGCGAAAUCUACAGCACAGCACAGCAGGUCAUCGUCUUCCUCGGGACAGCAGACGAUGCGUCGACCCGCGCGAUGGACCUGCUCCAGCUGACCCGGGGCCUCAUGCAGGCCAGCGGCGAUGUCCUCCUGACCCGAGGCCUCGAGGACUUUGAGAAGAGGUCGCUCGGCGCGGGAAUACCCCCGGCCUCCUGGGCGGAUGUCGCGCAGCUGCUCUGCAGGCCGUGGUUCACCAGGCGCUGGGUCGUCCAGGAGGUCGCGCUGGCCCGGGACGUGACGGUGGUGUGCGGCCGCCAUGCCGCCAGGUGGGACGAGCUCUGCAGGCUCUGUGGGUGGAUUGCGGACAACAGUGGCAUUCUGCUCCGGGUGAUGGAGAAGCAUCGCACGAAUCCCAACAGGGGACAACGGCUGGGCCGCGUCGAGGCCCCGUUCCGGAACCCGGGCCGCAUCAUGGCUGCGCGAGACCUCCGGGACGGUGCGAAGGACCCGGCCGUCUUGCAGCAGCUGCUCCUCCGCUUUCGUAAUUUUCAGGCCGCUGACCCCCGUGACAGGAUCUUUUCCCUGCUUGGUUUGGCGCUGCCCGCCGACCAGGUUGACCCCGAUCUCCGGCCCAACUACAGGAUCUCGGUCGAGGACUUGUACAUCCAAGUUGCAAGCCGCAUUCUUCGGAGGGAUGCUGACCCCCUCAUCCUGUCUGUAGCAGGUGUCGGCCACCGGCGAUCUCUGGAUCUUCCCUCGUGGGUGCCCGACUGGACCUCUCUCGCAGGAGGCACGAGUCUCGCCGAGAUUGCAGCCGCGGGCAACUACCAAGCGACAGACCAGGGAACGAGGCCCUCCAUCUCCUACGACCCCAAGCUACCAAAGGUUCUUUCCAUCACCGGGAGCGUGGUCGACACUAUAUCAAAAGUGAGCUACGGACGCCCGCCACUCGGGCCCGGGGGUCGCAUGGAAUACGUUGGUGACACAUUGGACUGGAUAGACGGUGUCCUCGAAACCGCGGGACUCGGCAGCCUCCCCAGCAACGAAAAGCAGCCGCAAUCCAACCCGGAAGAAGCGGCCCAAAGGACUGCCCUCUGGAGGACGCUGACCGCAAGCGGGCCGGCAGUGUCACCACAAAAGCAGCAGCAGCAGCAGCAGCAGCGUGAGGGCCCUCCGACGGAGCGAGGCUUCGAAAGGUGGCUGGAGGAGCGCCGGGCGUGCGACGCGUCAGAUUCACUCGAGGUCCUUCGUCUCGGGAGGGCGGAGAGGGAGGAGGUCUCCAGGUUCGCCUACCACUGCGAGCGUGCGACCCGGGCCCGGCAGGUCUUCGUGUCGGCCGCCGGGCACCUCGGGCUUGCGGCUCCGGGUGCGAGGGUCGGGGACGCCAUCUGUGUCUUCCCGGGGGUUCGGACGCCCAUGGCUGUCAGGAGGGCUGGUGGGCACGGCGGGGGCAGUGAUGCUCUUGGUGCCGGGGCAUAUGUCCUUGUGGGUGAGGUGUAUCAUCACGGCAUUGUUUCGGGGGCGACUAGGUCGUUUUUGCCGGGCAAACCCUUCCGGAUUGUGUGA